GAAGCUACAAACCGAGGAGAAAAAGGAGCUUCCACGCCGCUUUGGGGACAUGUGUGCGCUGGAGGUGCAGUGAUCGCUGGGAUUUCCCCUUUUUUCCCUUUCCGUUUGAACAAGGAACUUUGCAAGGAAGGGGGCACCCACCGUUCCUGCGAUCGUGGUCGGAGGAGAUGGAGGAAAGAGCGCCUGUCGCCAAGAGACCCCUUGCAAGGACUUAAAAAGAAACGGCAAGCCCCCGCAACUUAAGCUUUCUCUCCUUGGUGCAGUAAGUUUGGUUGCGGAGGAGGUGGGGAGGGCUGAAACGGCGAGAGGGUCCUUCUCUCCCGAGUCUCCUUCUCCCCGGCGCCACCACCGCUUUUGCCCUGUGGAGUUUGGAAACUGACCACGAUGGACUUUGGCCGGAAGACCUCCGCUGUUCGGAUGCGAAGCUCUUAACCGGAGUUGAAAGGAGCUAUUUCGCUUUCUUUUGGGGUGGGAGGGUGAGAAGGGGCUGCUAUGCUGCUGCCCCACGUCGAGUGGAUCGGGCCUGUCCCCUUCUGGGGGGGCUCCUGGCGAAAGUUGGGAGCGACGGUGGCCGGGGAAGGGGCUUCGGAAGAGCUGGUUUGACACCAGCCGCCGCCGCCAACAGAAGUAGCCUUCUUCCAGGCAUUUUCGAGACGCGGGAGCCAGGAGCGCGGUGGGUCGUGGCGCAGCGUCGGCCAGCAUGGGCGCAGCGCGGAGGAACUCCCGUCGGACUCUGGGCAUUAUCUUGCACCUGGUCUGCUCCUGCUUCGGCAUCAGCUCCAUCGACAUCGACCGGGCCGGGGACGGGAGGUGCCAGCCCAUCGAGAUCCCCAUGUGCAAGGACAUCGGCUACAACAUGACUCGAAUGCCCAACCUGAUGGGGCACGAGGACCAGCGUGAAGCAGCCAUUCAGCUCCACGAGUUUGCCCCCCUAGUGGAGUACGGCUGCCACGGGCACCUCAAGUUCUUCCUCUGCUCCCUCUACGCCCCCAUGUGCACGGAGCAGGUCUCCACGCCCAUCCCCGCUUGCCGGGUGAUGUGUGAGCAGGCCCGCUUCAAGUGCUCGCCCAUCAUGGAACAGUUCACCUUCAAGUGGCCCGACUCCCUGGACUGCAGCAAGCUGCCCAACAAGAACGACCCCAACUACCUAUGCAUGGAAGCACCCAACAACGGCUCCGAGGAGCCCCCCAGGGGCUCCAGCAUCCUGCCCCCCAUGUUCCGGCCCCAGAGGCCCCAGAGUGCCAGCCACGACUUGCAGCAGCAGCACAAGGACGGCCUGGGGAGGGCCACUUGCGAGAACCCCGGCAAGUUCCACCACGUGGAGAAGAGCGCUUCCUGCGCCCCACUCUGCACCGCCGGGGUCGACGUCUACUGGAGCCGCCAUGACAAGCAGUUUGCCGUCAUCUGGAUCGCUGUCUGGUCCAUCCUCUGCUUCUUCUCCAGCGCUUUCACCGUCCUCACCUUCUUGAUAGACCCCCAACGCUUCAAGUAUCCCGAAAGGCCCAUCAUCUUCUUGUCCAUGUGCUACUGCGUCUACUCGGUGGGGUACAUCAUCCGCCUCUUCUCUGGUGCCGAGAGCAUUGCCUGCGACCGCGACAGUGGGCAGCUCUACGUCAUCCAGGAGGGCUUGGAGAGCACAGGGUGCACUCUUGUCUUCCUUGUGCUCUAUUACUUUGGCAUGGCCAGCUCCUUGUGGUGGGUGAUAUUGACACUGACUUGGUUCCUGGCCGCUGGGAAGAAAUGGGGCCACGAGGCCAUUGAAGCCAACAGUAGCUACUUCCACUUGGCGGCCUGGGCCAUCCCGGCCGUGAAGACUAUCAUGAUCUUGGUGAUGCGGAGGGUGGCUGGGGAUGAGCUGACAGGCUUAUGCUACGUGGGGAGCAUGGAUGUGAAUGCCUUGACCGGAUUUGUGCUGGUCCCUCUGGCUUGCUACCUAAUCAUAGGCACUUCCUUCAUCCUCUCUGGCUUUGUAGCUCUGUUCCACAUCAGGAGGGUGAUGAAAACUGGUGGGGAAAACACGGACAAGCUGGAGAAACUCAUGGUCAGGAUCGGGGUCUUCUCGGUCUUGUAUACAGUGCCAGCUACUUGUGUCAUUGCUUGCUAUUUUUAUGAGAGGCUGAACAUGGAUUACUGGAAGGUCUUGGCCAUGCAACAGAAGUGCAAGGUGAACAACCAGACCAAACACCUGGACUGCUCAAUGAGCCACUCUAUCCCAGUGGUGGAGAUUUUCAUGGUCAAAGUCUUCAUGUUGCUGGUUGUGGGGAUUACCAGCGGCAUGUGGAUCUGGACCUCCAAGACCUUCCAGUCCUGGCAAAGCGUUUGCAGCCGGAGGCUAAAGAAGAGGACUCGGAGAAAACCAGCCAGCGUGAUUGCAAGUAGCGGACUUUACAAGAAGCCCCAGCACUUGCCCAAAGCCCACCAUGCAAAAUACGAGUCGGCUUUGCAACCCCCUACCUGUGUGUGAGCGGAAUGUAUAAUAAUAAUAGUAGUAGUAGUAGUAGUAGUAGUAGUAAUUUAAAAAAAGAACAGCCAUGGAGUGACCCUAUUUUGAAAGACUCACAUGCACUCACAAUAGUGCUCAGAACUAAAGAUUAACAAUAAUAAGGAAUAAAAAAUUUCUUUUUAACAGUGCUAUUGUCAGAUAGACAAAAUAGCCAGUGAAGGGGUAAAACUGAAAUGUUUAAAGGCAAGAUAUGGGGGAUAAAACAAGGGUGAACAUGCUUAGGGAAAAGUUUUUAGUGCAAGGAAAACUGACGGCCCCUUAUUUAAAAAGAAAACUGAUUUGUUUUUAAUGGUUUGGUUUUUUCCAGCCCUCCUGAGUUAAAAGCCAUGUGUAAUGAUUUGUAUGUAUACUGAAAAUUCGUUUGCGUUUAGAUUUCUAACCAGGUAGAGUUAGAAUGGUUUUUUGUUUUUUGGGGUUUUUUUUAAGAGCUUGAAGGAGAAUUGUCUCCUUUUAGGUAACCAGCCCUUUGAGAGUAGCUUUUGUUCAAUCGGCACAUUGUCUUUUGAAAACAACUUCUGUUCUAACUUUUAAGAAAUCCUUUUACCAAACGCUUCUCAUCCCACCUACUAGGCAUGGAGUUUCUAAAAACAGGUUCAAUGCGAAAAGCUCACCCCUGCUCAGUUGCUUUAAAAAGUCCUCUGUCUGACCCAAACUUAGUAAAAAAUUAUGUGCAAUACAGGUUCCUACCCCCGCUGCCACACACACAAAAUCCUUGCCAGGACAUGAAAGGAGAAACAAGUAUUUUGCUGUACAUAAAGGCAACAAAAGCGAUCUCUAAACAAAAGAACGAAGGGGUCUAGUCCUUAGAAACCCUUUAGUGUUACUUUUUUGUGGCUUUUUAAUGGAAAUCAGACACGUUUGGACUGAUUUGUGGAAAAAGAAAAAGUGGGGAGGGUAUCAAUUGCAAAGGAUCCAGAAGGGCUUAUUGACUCUUUCUAUUGUUAAACAAAUUUAGAUGCUGAAUAGAUCAAGAAGCACUAGAUUAUUUUUUAUUUUGUCUCUUUGUUGCAUAUGAGAGGCAUAAACUUAUUUGUGGUGUGUGCGCGUGUAUCGGAGAGAGAGGUGGAGAAAGUGGAUGUAUAUAUUAUAUAUAUAUUUGUAAUAUACAAUUAUUUUUUAUGCUCUGUUAUUUUAUUAAAUAAUAAUAAUAAAAUGUGGCCUUUAGUUUGAUGAUAA